GCGACGGGGCGGGGCGCGGAGCCCAAGCCCAGCCCAGCCCUGCCCGGGCAGGAUUCGCAACACCCGGAGGCCUGGAACGCUCCGUCGGGAACCGCGCAGGUCCCUGCAGCUGGGGUUUCCCCUCAGCCCUUGAGCACCAUGUCCAACCCCAGUGCCCCGCCUCCGUAUGAAGACCGCAACCCCCUGUACCCUGGCUCUCCGCCCCCUGGGGGCUACGGGCAGCCGUCCGUCCUGCCAGGCGGGUACCCCGCCUACCCUGGCUACCCACAGCCUGGCUACGGUCACCCUGCUGGCUACCCGCAGCCCAUGCCCCCCGUCCACCCGAUGCCCAUGCACUACGGCCCGGGCCAGGGCUAUGAUGGAGAGGAGAGAGCAGUGAGUGACAGCUUCGGGCCUGGAGAGUGGGAUGACCGGAAAGUCCGACACACCUUCAUCCGAAAGGUUUACUCCAUCAUCUCUGUCCAGCUGCUCAUCACGGUGGCCAUCAUCGCCAUCUUCACCUUCGUGGAACCGGUCAGCGCCUUCGUGAGGAGGAACACAGCCGUCUACUACGUGUCCUAUGCUGUCUUCAUCGUCACCUACUUGACCCUUGCUUGUUGCCAAGGACCCAGACGCCGUUUCCCAUGGAACAUCAUCCUGUUGACCCUCUUUACUUUUGCCAUGGGCUUUAUGACGGGCACCAUUUCCAGUAUGUAUCAAACCAAAGCUGUCAUCAUCGCAAUGAUCAUCACUGCUGUGGUGGCCAUUUCAGUCACCAUCUUCUGCUUUCAGACCAAGGUGGACUUCACCUCAUGUACAGGCCUCUUCUGUGUCCUGGGAAUUGUGCUCAUGGUGACUGGGAUUGUCACUGGCAUUGUGCUGUACUUCAAAUAUGUUUACUGGCUCCACAUGGUCUAUGCCGCUCUGGGGGCCAUUUGUUUUACCCUGUUCCUGGCUUACGACACACAGCUGGUCCUGGGGAACCGGAAACACACCAUCAGCCCAGAGGACUACAUCACUGGUGCCCUGCAGAUUUACACAGACAUCAUCUACAUCUUCACCUUUGUGCUGCAGCUGAUGGGCGAUCGCAAUUAAGGAGCACCCCUGUUUCACCCCACCCUGGGCUUUCCCUUCCCUAGAGGGCUGUGCCCUGUGACUGCUUGGGGCCUCAUACCCCUUUCCUUCUCCUCAAGUAGCCUACCCCGUUUCCUUUCUGUCCUGGAGAUGGCAGUCCCGGUCUCUCUGGCUCUGGACGGGGAAGUACCUGGUGGGGAUGGAGGAGCUGGGGACUAACUGUUGCCCUUGGUGAGCUUGGCAGGGACGAGGCUGAAGAUGUGUCUUCUCCCCUCCACCCAAUACAUGGCACCAAAUUCUUAACAGCUGAGGUUGGGGGGAAGAUGAAAAGAGCCUAUUCUAUAGCAAAAAGGGAAUACGAAAGGUAGAAGUGACUGACUUCAAGGUAAGGGAGGGUCCCUUCCCACCUCUGCCAAAGGCUUCUAGGCUAUGCAGCUGGAGCUGUUUCCUCUCCCACCCUUAACAAAGCCAGCGAGCUUUGUCUCCAGCCUCCUGGACACAUAGACCAUUAUCCUAUACUCCUUUGGCUUGGCACCUUUUAGCUCAGGAAAGAGAAGACAUCUGUGCCCAUGAGUCUCCUCGCUUCAGCCCGUUCUUGUUUCAGUGACACUUACAUAUUGUUUAUCUGGGUAUCCCAGGGAUGGCGGGGAAGAAGAGAGUGAGCAAAGUGAAGCCCCAGGGGCCAAUAUGGAGCAGCAUCUACCCAGGGCUGCCUUGUGACAGUGGUAGAGAGAGCAGGCUGGCUGUAGCCAACUGGUCCCCAUUCUCCAAAGCUGCUUGGGGCUCCCUAGGUGCUUUUGAGAUCUCUGGUCAGAGGGACUUCUUGCUUUCUGUGCUCAGGUAGCUUAGAGGAAGUGAGGGGCAAAGGUCAGGAAAUAGGGUGGUUUAAUGAUCGUGAGUGAGGUCAGGAAUUAACCAGGGUGAAAAGAGACUGGGGGGAGUGGCAAGGAAAAUGCUUUGGGGUCCCCCACUUGGCGUGAGAUGUACUGAAGCCUACUGUGGUGCCCAAGACAACGUCUGUGUUCUUCUGCUAACCCAAGGAGGGCCCUGAGGGGAAGGUGACUUUCUCUCUCAGUUUGUUCUUAACUUGCACUGGGAGAUUUUUGACUUAAGCCCCAUCUCUCCAGCCAGCCACCGAUUUCUUUGUAAUUUCAAAGUGCCUCAAGCUGGAACGGGGAAGAGGGGAUGAGGGUCAGUCUGUCGGGUGGGGGUGGAAACCGAAUCAGCCCAAGGAUAUACUUGGGAUUUCUCUAUUAAGUACUUGAUCCUAAAUGUACCACACAAAGGGACGCAACUAGAAAUGUAAUAAAGUUUUAUGUGUAGAU